GACGGCCGCGCUGCGGCGCGCGCGUCGACCUCCUCCUCCCUUUCCCGCAGCUCACGCUAGAGGGAGGUCCGAAGCCUGGGAAAUAGGAGGCGGCGGGGCUGCUGUCAACUCCUCUCGUCUGAUUGGCUCUCUGGGAACCUACAGCUGCCACGCGGGAAAGACGCUUCAGCUUCCCGCAUGCGCAGUUGGUAAGAAUGAGCCUCGGGCAGGUGAGGGAAGCCACGGCAGGAGUACGGCGCGUGCGCAGACCCGGCAGCGCGCUUGAGAUCCAGCCCCUGCGGCGAUUCCGGUUCCCCCCGAACACUGGGGGCCCGAGGCCAGUCCUGAGGCCAGGUCCUGAACCAGCGCAGUCGCUCUCCAUGAGCACCUCAGGUUUGUUUCGCUUUCCUACUCUGCUGACCAGAAUAUGCGCCGUGUCGUGGGGACUUGGGCCUUGGGAGAAGUCGACGUUGCUGUCCGCAGGAAGAGCAGUCAGUCUGGUCCAGCUGGCCGGCAAGAAGGACCGCCCUGCUCUGCUGUCCCUGGACGAGCGUGAGCUAGAAGAGCAGUUUGUGAAAGGAUGGGGUCCAGGCGGCCAGGCCACCAACAAGACAAGCAACUGCGUGGUGCUGAAGCACAUCCCCUCGGGCGUGGUGGUCAAGUGCCAUCACACAAGAUCAGUUGAUCAGAACAGAAAGCUAGCUCGGAAAAUCCUACAAGAGAAAGUGGAUGUUUUCUACAAUGGUGAAAACAGCCUUGUGUACAAAGGAAAACAAGAGGCCCAGAAGAAAAAGCAAGAAAGGAAAAAAAGAGCAAAGGAAACCCUAGAAAAAAAGAAACUUCUGAAAGAUCUCUGGGAAUCAAGUAGAAAUGUGCACUGAGAAAGAACUGCAGAUUCUGACUAAAACACUCUGCCAGACGCUUUCAAGGAAUAAUGGUGGUGAGUUCCAUCACCAGCGUUAUUAUAGAGCUGUCUUUGAAGGAAAGAUUUUUGACAGACUUAAGACAUCCAAUUGUUUUAAAUGGUGGUCAAACUGUCGUGAAUAGAGAUGCGCAGUUCAGGAAUAAAACUAUAACGCAGCACAAGGAAGCCACCACUUACAAGGGAGGAGGAAGGGGUGUCCUUGGGAUGUGGCACUUGGAGGGGCCUCUGGGGUGGCUGACAGUACUCUUUCUUGACCUGGGCGGUAGUUAGCAGGAUGUUGCCUUAUUUUUUUUAAGCUAUACAUUUGUGUGAUUGUAUUUUGCUUUAUUAUCAAAGGUUAGAAAUAAAAAUUUUUUUUUAAAAAGUA